AAAGCACUGCUUACCACACUAUCUUUACACAGGCUUGAAAGAGCCUGUCAAUGACAGCCCUUCGAACUCGGCCUAUUAUGGGCACUUUCCGUUCCAAUAUGUCCUCAUAUGGGGCAAACGACGGCAGAAUGAAGUGCAGGUAAUCAUUCUUGUUCUGCAGUGGCACAGCCUCUGUCACUGUCUCCAGUCCCGAGGUGCUGACACAAAAGAAAAGUAUAUAUAUUAAUUUGCAGCAUUAAAAAUCACAACAGACAGUAAUAAGCUACAUAGGCUUGGUAUUUAAUCAUGACACGGGCAUUUUUACCUGGGAGUGCUGCUGUCACUGCGUGGGCUGGCACCCGCAUCUACACUAACCACAGCAGGUCUUGCACUCUGCAGGACCAAGAGGCAUGCUUAUAGAAUACAUGGCUACAGUUUCACUUAAGCAGAAACUUUUCUCUAUAACUAACAGUGGGGGAAAUGGGAUUCAGUUUACUCGCCACACAAUAUAAAUACCAAUUGUUUCCUAAUGUUCACGCUGAUAAAACGGUAACACCUGUAUGAGUAGCAGCUCUGUUUAUCUGUGUCCAAAAGUUAUGUGCACACUUGGGAGCAUGUGCUGGCAUGGUCACACUUAGCGUGAACAUAUAUACAUUGCUUUUUGGUUCACCUUGAAGAAGAAAUCAUAAGUUCCAAGUGAGGGAAGGCUGAAAGAAGCAGCCCGUUAGAUUUUGUUCCUCAAGCCCAACCUUGUUUCUGAAACACAUUCCUCUUAUGAAGCGAGCCACUGUGAAUCCUGACGCAUGCAUGUUCAGGUUAAGUGUGAGAGCAGCAGGAUAUGUGCUAAGACGAAUUAUUCUUCUUAUAUUGUGUGCUGCCAAUCUACAUCAGCUCUACUUUUAGGAGAAUGCUGUGUAUGAGCCCUGCAUUUGCUAUGCACCUGGUCUGGUAAGCUGCUAAAUAAACAAAAAAUAAUGAUGGAAUCUAUUCGUGUCUUUUAAUGCGACUGUCUACUUUAGCGGUGGGUUUUCUUCGGAAGCGGGAGAGAAUCGGUUUUACUUUUCAACACACAGAAGUGCCAGACAAAUUACUCACGUCGUCCGAUUGCAGCACCAGCUUUCUGGCCACCUUCAAUUUGCCCUUGUGUUGAACAAAGGCAUCUUUUUCCAUAUCGAUGAAAUCUUCAAGGAUUUCAUCGUAAAUCUGGAUCUAAAACCGAUUACAAACAGAAUGAACAUAAAUAAUCUGCACGGUGGUCACAAACACAAAGACCUCGCAUAGCCCUAGUUGCAGUUACGACCAAUACAAAAAAAAAGCAUUUUCCCACGACGCCAGUGCUAACGGAACACAAAUGACUGUACUCGGAUUACAUUAUUAAAAACAUUUUUUUUUAAGAACGCGUGAGCACCCCUAGACAGAAACCAAGGCUUGACGGCGAACAAAAACAGCUUACUGCACUGUUCAAGCACGACACCAACCACACAAUGCUGUCUCGUUCCUUCAUAGGUACUUCAAAUAUAUCGUUUUUGUUUUUUUGUAUUACUCCUUGGAAAGAGUCGAAAUCUUUGCAAGCAAUAAAAAGUUUACACGGCACUUACCAAGGUGCUGUCUGUCACGCUGGUUAUUGCAGACAAAGCUGCAACAACUUCGUCGUAGUCGCCAGUUCGUAAGGUGAUCUUCAUCCGUUCUCCCGACUCCAGAAUCGCGAGGCACACAAUAUCUUCAGCCAUCGCAAUUCGUUCAGCCGGUAUGGCACGGCACGUGUGUCGAUGCCCACUGAAAAAUGCCGCCACACACUGCGCGAUCGCAACGCGGGAAAUGGCGGGAACUCGAGUGUGCGAGACGGGAUGAGAGCAACGAGAACGAUCACAGUCGCAACGCACGUUAAAUUGAGACAUACAUCUUUCAAGUUGUUCGAACAUCUUAGCAUGCCAAUAUGAGGAAUUAGUAGCUGAGUGCGUCAUUAAUGGACGAGUAGAAAAAAAGUUUUUCUGUUCUGUAUUACAAGUUUUUUUGUUUUAAGCUUAUAAUUUCUCCCCUAGAUGGCAGUGUAAUACGUAAGGUCUUUUUUUUCGACCUAGGUAGGACAUUAAGCAGUAUAAUAGCAAGGGCUUGGUGGCGCAACCCACAACCCCGUUCCAAAGGGGACGCUCAUAACAUCCCUCCACUUAUCUUACUACUGUACACAUUUGUUUCAGAGAGUAGUGUCACAGAGCGUCGUCAUAGUUUUUGUCUUGUUUUCAACAGCCAGUGCGGCGGUACAUAGCUUCAUUUCACGGUGCGCCCUUUCUUCAAGACGAUUCGCUCCACACAACCCUACGAUUACCACCUCCAAGGCUUACAAACACCCAAGUGUCUGCCUUGCCAGAGCAUGCUGACUUGAGCCGAAAAUGGUGGAGCCACAUCAUCUGCUGCGCUCGUAGACGUGAAGAUGGAGCAUCGAAAUAUCUUCAAGUGCAAUCGAUGUCACCAAAGGGCAUAUUCUUUGGCUAACCUGUUUCGCCACUUUUAUGCUUGGCAUAGUACAGAAACCGAUUGGAACUGCAAUUUGGAAAGCUGUGCCAAGACGUACCGAAUCUACAGCUCGUUUCGAAAACAUGUUGACCGGCACCACAGUCAUUUGUUUCUUGCCAAGACAAGUGAAGACCAGGUGGUGGUGCCAGUAACCGACAACAUUGAUGACACAGUGGACGAGUUAUCUAGUGACCCCUGUGACGAGGAGCCUCAACAAGCAUGUAGCCCGGGUGUUGCUCAUGACCUUAGUGACCAGUGUGCCAGGCAGCUUAGCUCUCUCUUGCUUAAGUGGCAAGAAGGCCGACAGUUGCCAGAGAGCACAGUUAACGAAAUCGCAAAUGAUGUCAUAAAUUUCGCUACUGAGUAUAAAGCCACUUUGCAGUCAGUUGACAUGGAAAAAUUCGAACAUCUCAGGACUAAGUUGGGUAGAGAAAACGAAUGGAAAAGUAUCUUUAGAUUCGUUUCACCUCAGACCAUCCAUCUUUCAAAUCAAGGUGACAGUGAGUGCUUUGAAUACAUCCCGCUCUUGGAAACCCUGAGUGCUGUAGCAGCAGUGCGCAAUCUUUUUGAGGAAACUGAAGAACCCAGCUCAACUUUGCUGCGGGACAUAUGUGAUGGCACAUAUUUUAAACAACAUAGCAUAUUAAAAAAUGCAAGCACUCAGAAGCUGUUGGCUCUCCAGCUCUAUUUUGAUGAAUUUGAGCUUUGCAACCCCUUGCGGAGCAAGCGAGGAAAGCACAAAGUUCUGGCUGGAUGGUUGACAAUCCUGAACUUGCCACCAAAGUCCCGAUCGAAACUGGAUGAUAAAUACCUUGUUCUCCUAGCUAAAACAUCCACUGUAUCGAAGUUCACUCUGCACGAAGUUCUUCAGCCACUUGUUAAUGACAUCCGUGAACUUGAAACAAAUGGUAUCAACCUUAAUGGAGCAAUUAUUAAAGGGUCACUAUUGCUUGUGAGUGGUGACAAUUUGUCAAGCCACCAGCUUGGUGGUUUCCGUGAAUGCUUCUCGUCCGGUCGCAUUUGCCGCUUUUGCAUGGCUUCGAAAGGAGAGAUCAAUGAAAAGUGGCAUGAAAGAGACUUCACAAUCAGAACAAGGCAAAUGCAUGCACGUCAUGUUGAGCUAACAAAGCAGGAUCCAAGUCUUUCCACUGCAUAUGGUAUCACGGGUGAAAGCUGUCCGAGUUUUCACUUCACUCGUUCGAUGUAACCAAAGGCUUGCCACCAGAUGUAAUGCAUGAUCUAUUUGUAGGCAUCAUUCCAUUUGUCAUGAAUUAUGUUGUUAGACACUUGAUCUCAAAUCGUGUUAUCACACUGGAUCAGUUGAAUAACAGUCUUGCUACGUUUGCUUUUCAAGGAGCAGAUAAAAAGUCCAGGAUACCCCCUUUGUCACGCCAGGCAAUAUUUGGAACCUCCGUCAUAAAGGGCUCCGCAGCUGAGAAGCUCUGUUUCUUUCGUUUUUUUUCUCUUCUUGUCGGUGACAGUGUCCAAAAGGGAAAUUCUGCUUAUGAGGUGUACCUCAUGUUGCGCAGCGUAGUGGACAUAGUUCUUGCACCACAAGUGAGCCGCAGUGCCGCUGCGUAUUUGAAAGUUCUGAUAGAGGAUUUCUAUGAUGCAUUUAGAGAAACAUUUCCAGAUGUAAACAUAAUUCCGAAAAUGCACUACUUAAUCCACUACCCGAGGCUUCUACUUAUGUAUGGCCCCCUUUCUAAAUUGUCAUGCAUGCGUUUCGAAGCUAAGCAUCAAUUUUUUAAAUCACUUGCUAAGAGAAUUCACAACUUCAAGAACAUAUGUUCAACACUAAGUCGCCGGCAUCAGAUGCACUUGAUGUAUGCCUUAGCUCAGCCCCAAGAUAUGUAUGUCACUGUAGGGAGCAAGAGCAUUGACCCAAGCUCACUACCUGAUCUCUUAAAGGAUAGGUUUCAGGAGCUGGGACUGCUUACUACAAACAUGCACUCUGUAGCUUCAGUUACCAUCUCUGAAAGGGAAGUGAAUGUGGGCUGCGUGCUAACUAUAUUUAUACCAAAUGAUGGCCUCCCACACUUUGCUGAAGUAACACUGAUUGCAAUGUGUGGCUCAGAGUUGUUUGUUCUUGCAACACUUCUCAACACAAAAUACUUUGAUAACCACAUUCAUGCCUUUAUUGUAGAACGGACGAGUCACAGUAUUGUAAUUGAGAGCAUUGCACACUAUGGAGAGUUUUUUGACCUCUUGUACAUGUACAAACACAGAAACCAUUGCUGUGUCAGUCCUCGUUUUGCCUUCUUCGUUGACUCAGAUGACUAACAUACUGUAUAUAUUAAUAAUAGCCAAACUGACUUUCAUUAAGGAUAAGCACCAAGUCCUUGCGUCUGCUCCAAAACUGAAGGGAUUUAAAUAUUCAAUCGGCAAAGAUUUUUCACUGACUACACGACAGGCAAGGAAAAUACUGAUAAACUUUGCUAAAGCACAAAAGGAAACAUUUAAUAUCGAUUGGCAGGAUGCGCAUGUAUGGCAAAACUUAUAUACUCUACUGUGUCAGCAAAGCUGUUGUUUUAUCGGAAAGACAGCUAGCAACUAAGGCAUGUGCAUGAAAGCACCACCAAAAGCCCACACCACCUCUGGUCCCUCCUUUUCUGAUAUCAUUUACUAACAUUUGAAGCGUAAUGCCCAAGCACAACACUAUCUGCUCUUUACUAGAAGACAAUGAUUCAGAUAUUCUUGUGCUCACAGAAACUUGGUUGUACCCUGCAAUCGCAAGUAAUGAGAUUCUUGCUGAUAGUGAACGCUGUAACAUACUGUAUAAUGCAUAGAUCGCAUCAACAAAACAACGGCAAAAAGCAGCGGUGUCCUUGGUGUAAAAAAUACGCUCACUUCGUACAUGCUAAAUCUUGACAAGUACGUCUGCAGCAAUGAAAUAGCCUCGUUACGUAUUGAACACCCCCUUUUCACGUCAUGCAACCUACAUAACCACUUCAGCUUCACACGCAUCUUUGGUAACACGAACGCUUUUAAGCCAUCCGCACGUGCAAUGAUCUUCCCGACCAUAUCGCCUCUGAUAACCUGUAUACAUUCUGUCACAAGCUUGAGGUGAAUUUUUUCCAAUAGUGCUGUAUCAUAGAUUGGUCGUUAAGUUUGUAAUGUGUUGCAUUUUCUUCACUUGUACCCGAAUGCUCUUUUAGUGCUUACUUUGCAAACAUAUUUUGUUGUGCUGCAUUUUUUUUUCUUUUUAACUUGUGCCGGAAUCUUUUGCAUUGCAAUUUACUUUGUUGUGUUACGUUUCAAUGUUAACUUGCUUAGUAACCCUGUUCCUUACAAGUUUGCUUGUACUUUCAUUGUAAUAACUAAACCCCCUUACUCAAUGCACUUUGGGCCUGUGAGGUAUUUUAAAUAAAUAACAUACUGUAUACAUAGUGUCAAACCCUGUAUUUCUCAUGUUUUCAUCUUUAUUACCAUCCUCCCUAUGUCUUGCUUAUUUGUAAUAAAUUUUCUUCUGUGCGUGUCAUUAUCAUGCAAGGCAGUUCAUUGCCUGCAGCGGUUAGAAAUGUGCAACUGCAUUGGCUGAGCCAUUCCUUUUUUUUUCCGCCACCUUCCUUUUUGAACACUCCUUUCAUUUUCUGUGUGAACACAGCUUUGUUUUUCAGUUGUCUAGAUAUUCAGGUCAAGCUCAGUCCAAAAAAGGGACCAAUGUCUUCAGAUAUCUCCAAAAACAAGGUGGGAAAGGAAUUUCACAGUAAUUUGGAGGCUGACCAAGAUGCGCAAAAGAGUAUUAUUGGGGCACCAUGAGUGACCACAUGCCCUACCAGCCUGACGUGUUCGUAUUUAACGUUUUAACCUAGUAAAUGGUCCUUUCAAGGAGCAGGAACUGUAAUACAAGUUUGCUGAGCAAGUAACUCUAGUACUAGAAAAAUACUCCAGGAAGGAAGGUGCGGGGAAACUAUGAAGGUUAAGAAUGUAUCAUGUUUUUCUGACUCUAAGUCACUUUUCUUUUUCUAUAAUUUGCGUCGAUGCAUCUUGUGCAAUGGUAAUAUGCGCAAGGAAUGUCGCUGAAGCCUACUUUUUUACAAGGGGACGUCUUCAUCAGGGCAACAGCUGCUUUACAACGGCGUGACUGAUAUAUUCAUAUAUAUGCAUGAAACUAUUAUGCAUGCUGGCAUGUCUAAAAGGAGCAUUUCUUUUCCUCGAGCACACUGUGGCAGAAGUACUGUCGGUGACAUGUCUACAAGGUCUCAAAUUUUAAUCAGAAGCAGAUGACCGUGACCUAGCGAUACCACCGGUUGAAGCAGCUGAACUUUUUGACAGCAUUGGCGGACGAGGACUCCGAUGACUUCGAUUGAAAUGCAGUAAUAAAGUGUUUGUUAUAUGCACCUAAAUGGAGUUUUUGUGAAUUGUAAAAAAAUUUGUUUACAAAAAAUUUACUGCCCUAAAUUGGGCAAAUACUGCAUUUUGAGGCGAGUGUAUGAGUGUGCACAAUUGCGUUUCAUCAUGUCGACUGAGUUAAAAUAGGUGCGUCUUAUACAGCGUUAUGAAUUUUAUAUUUUUUUCUAAACUCGUGAGAAUGGGGCGGUAUGCUACUUGAAGUCCAGGAAAUGCAGUAGUCCACGAUUCAAAUCAACCGAGCUCAUAAGCCAUCAUGAACACAUUCAUGGGUCAGUGCAUCAUUUACUGGGUACAAUGACAUUUCUAGCUAGGUGCAGGCAUUAUCCUUAGUGCGGGUUACAGGCAUCUCAAACAGUUCUGUUGUGCAAAGCAGGCUUGUCUGGGAGCUGGAUGUGUAGAAUUGAUUUUCACCAUAGAAUGUGCCCUCUACAUGGGUGUGUUGUGGCUGCACAGAGGAUUGGUCACUUUUUUUUUUUAUUUGGAUGUCAAUUGCUCACAAAAAGUGUAUAAAUGUGUGUAGAGAAGUACGUUCAAGUGUAGAUAGAUGUUCAAAGCUUCCUGUGUGUGAUUUCACCUCGAGUGUCACUGCAAUAAAAACUAAGAUGACUGUCGUCCA